CUGGAACUUUUAUUUUGAAAUGUGGGCGACACAGUCCGGAAACACCGGUGAACAGACCGUUGUAUUAUUUACAGUGUUUAUUGGCUUUAUUUAAAGCGUAAAGCAGUCGUAUAUGCCAAAGCCAUGGCAGAAUUUUUUUUAUUUUAUUUUCUUGAACAAUUCCAGUUUUAGCGAAGAUUUUUAUUCAUAAUAUAUUGCAAAAGGACACAGCGCAUGUGGUCGUGAAAGCAGUACUGUUCACCUAUGAUUGCGAAAUUCCUGAGGAAAAACUGAAUCAAUUCAGGAUUGAGCAUGCAGUGUAUUAAACUGCCCAUCAAUGUGACAGUGGAGCUCAAUGUGCUGCUGCUGGCGGUUACAGCACUUGCGCUCUUUACGCGACUUUAUGGCAUUCACUUUCCCAAAGCUGUAGUGUUUGAUGAGGUUUAUUAUGGGCAGUUCCUGUCGUUGUAUAUGAAGCAGGUUUUUUUCAUUGAUGAAAGCGGUCCACCUUUUGGCCACAUGGUACUUGCAUUAGGAGCGUAUUUAGGAGGAUUCGAUGGCAACUUUGUUUGGAACAGAAUUGGAGCAGAAUACUCCAGUAAUGUCCCUGUUUGGAGCCUUCGGCUGAUACCGGCCCUAGCUGGCUCUUUUUGUGUGCCACUCGCUUAUCUUGUCGUGGUGGAGCUGGGAUACUCCCACUUCUCAGCACUGGGGGCUUGUGUGCUUCUCCUCAUGGAAAACUCCCUGAUUGUGCAAUCGCGCUUCAUGCUGCUGGAGUCUGUUUUAAUCUUCUUCUUGCUGUCGGCUGUGCUGUCUUACCUCCGCUUUCACAAAGCACGCAACUCAUCUUUCAAGUGGUUUUGGCUUGUGGUCUGUGGGGUCAGCUGUGCAUAUGGAGUUGGGGUAAAGUACAUGGGUAUGUUCACAUACUUUCUACUGCUGGGCCUGGCAGCUGUACACACCUGGCAGCUUAUUGGAGAUCCUACGCUGAGCCAUGGCAAGGUAAUGUUCCAGGUUUUGGUUCGCUUCCUGGCACUUGUGGUGCUACCUGUCAUCAUGUACCUUGGGUUUUUCUACAUACACCUGACCCUGCUAUAUCGCAGUGGACCUCAUGACCAGAUGAUGAGCAGUGCCUUUCAAGCAAGUCUAGAGGGUGGUCUUGCCCGGAUCACUCAGGGGCAGCCUUUAGAUGUAGCGUUCGGCUCACAGGUCACUCUCCGUACCGUCUCCAGUAAACCUGUGCCUUGUUUGCUUCACUCACACAAGGCCAACUAUCCCAUCAGAUAUGAAAAUGGCCGUGGAAGCUCCCACCAGCAGCAAGUGACCUGCUAUCCUUUCAAAGAUGUCAACAACUGGUGGAUUAUCAAAGACCCUGGGCGGCAAAGUCUUGUGGUCAGCAGCCCACCCAGACCUGUCAGACAUGGUGAUAUAAUUCAGCUGCUGCAUGGAAUGACAACUCGCUACCUGAACACACAUGACGUUGCAGCCCCCAUGAGUCCUCACUCACAGGAAGUGUCAGGCUACAUUGAUUUUAAUGUGUCUAUGCCAGCUCAGAAUCUCUGGAGAGUGGAUAUUGUGAACAGGGAGUCUGAGAAAGAGAUCUGGAAGACCAUUUUAUCAGAGGUGCGACUAGUCCACGUGAACACUUCGGCUGUUUUAAAGCUCAGUGGAGCCUCUCUGCCGGAGUGGGGUUUUAAACAGCUGGAGGUGGUGGGUGAUAAGAUUUAUAAAGGCUACCAGCAGACUGGCAUGUGGAACGUGGAGGAGCACCGCUAUGGCAGAAGUCAGGAACCAAAGGAAAGGGAAUUGGAGUUGAAGUCUCCUACUCACAGCGAUGUCAACAAAAACCUCACAUUUAUGGCCAAGUUUCUGGAGCUGCAGUGGAAGAUGCUGACAGUAAAGAACGAAGAGUCAGAGCACAAAUAUAGUUCAUCACCUUUUGAAUGGAUCACAAUGGACACCAACAUUGCAUAUUGGCUUCAUCCUUCAAGUAAUGCACAGAUUCACUUUAUAGGCAAUAUUGUUACUUGGACCAUUGGAAACAUUACACUGGUUGUGUACUGUCUUCUGUUUUUAACAUACUUACUAAGGCGGAGGAGGAAAGUUGAAGACAUUCCACAAGACUCUUGGGAACAGUUGGUUUUGGCUGGUGUGGUUUGCUUUGGAGGCUGGGCAGUGAAUUACCUGCCAUUCUUUCUAAUGGAGAAGACUCUGUUUCUGUAUCACUAUCUUCCAGCUCUCACCUUCAAGAUCUUACAAAUACCUAUAGUCACAGAGCACCUGUACAUCCACGUAUUGAGAUCCCCAGCUCAACAGAAAGCAUUUGGCGGUGUGAUUUUAGCAGUCCUUUGUUCAGUAUAUGUGUCCUACCACAGCUUGAGUCCUCUCACGUAUGGCCAGCCAGCGUUAACAUCAGACGAGCUCGCUGAGCUGCGCUGGAGAGAGAGUUGGGAUAUUUUACUACGCAAACGCUGAAAUAUCCUUAAUUUCUUUAAGUUCAAAUCAAGAUGAAUGGUAGUGCCGAUGGAUUUUAGAGCUGUGACAAUUUUUAUUUGUAUGUUUUUGAGAAAUCGAUUCUUGAAUGGGUUCUGAGCUCGGUUUUUAACAGAAGAUUAUACUAUACACUUUACAAACUUUGCUUGCAUCCAAUUCCUUACAAAUACCACAUGAAUCUUAAGUAAUCGUUUAGAAAAUUAAAGCGAGUUACAAAAGUGUUCAUAGUGAGCCGUGUUUACAUUAUUCUUAUGACACAAAAGCCAACUUGCAUGAAUCAGCCUAACAUGCAAGCGAGUACAUGGUUUUAAAACUAGCCAAGAAUGCCAUCUGUUGUUAAAAAGUAAGCUCAGAAUCAAUUCAAGGGAGAAUAGCAACGCGUUUUGAAAAUCUCAGAAUCAAUGCUGAACCAAUUUUCAAUAUUUCGCCAUAGCUGAAUUUCCAGAAAGCUAUGAAGCACUAUUUCUAGGGUCUAUGUCCAAACAUAAUAAUGUGAAAAAACUCAUGCUGCUGAAUCUCAAAACGCCUAAACCAAAUAGACUCUAAAGCACAAUUUUGGUGCUAAAUUUAUCUUGCUCGUAUGUUUACAUAUUAUUCUGUUUGUAUAGCAUUUUAUUGUGUUGUUUUAGAGACUAUUAAACUAAUAAGAUGCAUUGCAUUUCUUUAAAUAUGUUUU